CUUACCGCUUAUCCCAAACGAGUCUGCGAUUCAGCCAUGGCAGGUGGCAGCGCAACGACAGACCCGGUGAUUGCUCGUCUUGCUGAGGCAGACAAGACGCCAUGGUACCAGAAGCGCAAUCUGCGCUUACUGUACCUUGUCAUGUUCCCGACAUGCAUUGGUAUUGAGAUGACUAGCGGGUUCGACUCAUCUAUGAUGAAUGGCCUCCAGUCCGUUAACUCUUGGGAGUCUUUCUUCCACAACCCCAACUCGGCGAUCCUGGGCUUGAUGUCCGCGCUGUACUCGCUCGGCUCAAUCGCUUCUCUGCCCUUUGUACCGUUCGUUUCUGAUCGACUCGGCCGCCGCAUGGCUAUUCUACUUGGUAGUGCCAUCAUGAUCGUAGGCGCAGUUCUGCAAAUGGCUGCACAGAACUUCGCGAUGUUCGUCGUCGCUCGUUUUCUUCUCGGCUUCGGUAUUCCGUUCGCAAUUGUCGCUGCCUCGUCGAUGAUCGGCGAGCUCGCGCACCCCAAGGAGCGCGCGCGCAUAGGCUCGCUUUUCAAUGCGUCGUGGUUCAUUGGUGCUAUUGUUGCCGCUGGUGUCACGCUCGGCACGUUCGCGAUGGAAAGCACUUGGGGCUGGCGCAUCCCGUCGUGCCUACAGAUCACGCCCAGCCUGCUACAGGUGUGCUUCAUCUGGUUCUUACCCGAGUCGCCUAGGUGGCUUAUCUCGAAAGGAAGGGGUGAAGAGGCAUACGCCAUCUUGGUCAAAUACCAUGCCGAAGGCGACCUCGACUCGGCGUUCGUUAAGGCUGAGUACGCUGAGAUCGAGGCAACGCUCGAGCUUGAGAGGGAGAACUCCAAUCAUGGCUGGAGGGACUUGAUUGCUACUCCGGGAAUGCGCAGGCGUCUGCUGGUUGGCUCGUUCCUCGGCCUCGCGACGCAGUGGUCCGGGAACGGCCUGACAUCAUACUUCCUGGCGAAGAUCCUAACCAAUGUCGGCAUCACGGACACCCGAAUUCAGAGCGAAAUUAAUCUCGCGAUGACGUGUUGGGGCUUCGUGAACGCCACGGCCCUCGCCCUGACUGUGCCGCGCAUGAAUCGCAGGCCGGCGUACAUGAUUUGUACAAUCUCGUUGCUGCUGAUCUUCACCGGAUGGACCGUUGCGAGUGCCCGGUACAGCAUCAAUGGGGACCAGGCGGCAUCCAGGGCUGUCAUUGCCUUCAUCUUCUUGUACAGUCCGGCAUACAACCUUGGUUACAAUGCCUUGACCUACACUUAUCUCGUUGAGCUCUUCCCCUACCACGUCCGUUCCAAGGGCAUCGCCGUCUUCCAAUGGUGGGGCCGUGCGGCUGGUUUCUUCAAUCAGUUUGUCAACCCUAUCGGUAUCGCCAACGCAGGCUGGAAAUACUACAUCAGCUACUGCAUCUUCCUGCUCUUUGAGGUUUUCUUUGUAUACUUCCUCUUCCCAGAGACGUCCGGACGUUCUCUCGAGGAACUGGCUUUCCUGUUCGAGGACAACAUCCAAGAAGUCCAGAAGAAGCGCGUCAAGCAGGAGAUGAACGAGGAUCCCACGCCGGUUACUCCGGGCGGCAAGGACAGCCUCGAAAAAGAAGACGCGCUUCACUUUGAGACUACAUAGGCGAAGUAGGCGUCCUAGAAGGUUUCGUUGGAUACAACUUCUGCUCGACGUUGGGGAUUUGCCCGACUGUCUCCUGCUUGACCUUAGGAUAGAAAAUACACGAUGUCUCGGCGUCUGUAUUGUACUACAUACAUUUUCUUGGCGCGUAAUGAAACUGUUUCAGAGCUGG